AUGUCAGCCUCGUCCUCACAUCACGAUGCCGCCACGAAUCUCUCUAUCCUGGCCGAGGGCCAAACAGCAGCUCGUUUGAUCCAAGCUCAUGUAGCCGAAGUUGCCAGUUCGCCACGGCAAAAACAGCCCGCCGCGCCAUCUACUGUCGAUAUCUCUGCCAUUCCUUCUCGGGAGAGUCUGUAUGUGGGCCUGGCUGCUCUUGAUAUCUUUCUUCAAGCGAACGUAACCGGGCCCGUGGUGCCUGCGGACAGGCUUGCGUUGAUCCAAUCGAGAUUCAGCAAGGCUUGGACUGCGCCGUUAUCCGCUGAUACAGACCAGUCUGCCGCUCUGACGCAGUUGCAUAAAGCCUGCUUGGCUCAUCUUGAGGUUGAUGGUGUCUCUCCUUACAGCCACAUUCCUCACCUUGAGCUCUUCUCUCUGGCUAGAUACGUUUUCAAAUCGGUCCUAGCUAGCGAGACCAUGACCUCCGUGGACGUUUAUUUCCAAGAUGAAGAAAGUCGCUCUGUCAAGUAUAGCCUGUCAUGGAUCAGACUUCGCAUCAACAUCUGGCAUUACAAACUACUUACCCAACCUAGUCUCGGCCCUGGGUCUAAUUUCACAAAGAGCUCGCAAUGGAGCGAGGUCCCCAGCUUGGUUUCUAGAAUAUUGAUCGACAUGGACACGGUCCGUGACCAAAUAGCCGGCAACGAAGUGUGGUCUGAAGCAGGUUCAUGGGGCCGCGAAGACAAGGCCUACUUCUUAGUUGAAGCUGCUAACAACUACAUCCUCCUUGGACGCCAUGGAAAGGCCAAGGAUGCUCUCGAAGAAGCCGCUCAACUUACCGGACUGAAGUACGCCCUGUCCGGCGCUCUUGGCAAGCGAACUAAAUUUCAAGAGAACAGUGUCAGUCAGCUGGUUGUCCUUGCCCGUAGCAGCACUGACCAGGAUCUCAUUGAAGAGGAUGGAGGUGAUGAGGAAAAGGCAAAGCCAGACGCGCUGAAGCUCAACGACGACACUCUCUUGGAGGAAAUACAGUUUUCAACCCAUCAUGACAAGGACGGAUACAAGGAGAAGGAAUUGCCGCCUUCCUUGGCAGAUGUAUCCCCGGAUAAUCAACCCCAGCUUGCCCCCCUUGAUCAAAUCAUACUUCUCACAGAGGCAACUCUGAAAGAUGCCUUCUCACCCGUUGAUACUCUAACGUCACAGGAAAUACUACCCUACGCUGUUCGAGUCCUCGCCGAUAAAUCCACCAACUGGCAAAUUUAUACACAGGCAUUGCUCGUGCGAUCACGGAUUGAAGUCCACCGCAGCAGGACGGUAGAACGUGGUGUAUUGCAACUGCAAGCUGUGGCAGACCAGGUUCUUACAGACACAAAUGUCGAAACCGAACUCACUAAAGAGUCCGACGAAAGGACAACAAAUGAGAGCGACGUGCCGGCUAUUCAAGUCACCGCCCCUGGCCACGAAAAUGCGGUUCCAUCACCCAAGGCCCAAGUUCCUACAUCCUUCUUACCCGCUCCUAAAGCAACUGAAUCGGCUCCCGCUCAUGUUCGUCUCCGGUACAUCGAUGCCCUGUCUACACCACCCCGUUGGCAUCUUGAAUCAGAGCUCGCCUACGCGUGGGCUGGAGUGGGUUCUCUUACCUCCGCCCUCGAAAUAUUCAAGCGCUUGCGGCUUUGGGCGGAAGUUGCCCUGUGUUAUGCCAGCGCUGCCGCCUCCGAGGACGAGGACGGCCGUGGCAGUGGUGGUGACGAAAAGGCAAAGUCUAUUGUUCGCUGGAGAUUGUUCCACCCCACAGCCGAAGAUGCUUCUGCAACAUCUGAUCCAGACGACCAAGAUGUUGAAGACGUCAUGCAUCUCAAGGCAAGCAGCUUCGAGGGCCCCGAACGAAGUCCUCCACCGCCCAAUGCCGCCAGACUCUGGUGCAUACUAGGAGAUCUGGAAAACAAUCCCAAGCACUAUGAGCAGGCAUGGAUCAUCUCUAAGCAGCGGUAUGCUAGGGCCCAAAAGUCUCUCGGGGAGUACUACCUCGCGCAGAAAGACAUGGUAAAGGCUCGCGAAGCCUACAAACUAGCCACCUCUGUUAAUCGACUAAGCCCCGACCUCUGGAGCCGCCUUGGUGAUAUUAGCCUUCGCCUGGGACAAUUUGACGAUGCGGCAGAGGCAUACAGCCGCUCUAUAGGCACUGCUAAUGACGUGGCUGGCGGUGAAGAUGCCAGAACCUGGAGCAAUCUGGGAAGUGCCUUGUGGAGCUUGUACUGCGAAGUAACUGCCGAGAAAAAGGGCACAGUUCCAGCAAACAAUGAAACCAAAGCCGCUGCUCGCGCAGAUGACGAGGAGGAGGACGACGUCCUAGAGGAUCCAGGAGACAAGUCUCGCGACCCUGCCACCUUGUUAUCCAAAUCCCUAGCCGCCUACAAGAAAGGCGCGUCCAUUGCCCACGACAACUGGCGAAUCUGGGACAAUGUCCUCACGCUCGCUGCUCGAAUGCAGCCCUCCGACGUGCCAGACAUGGUCCUGGCCUUCACCCACAUCCUGCGAAUCCGCAAGACCGAAGACGCCAUCGACGCCGACGUUCUCACCGCCCUCCUCCAGGACGUAGUCAUCUCCAAAGAAAAACCUGCCGGAACAGGCAUCUACGAGCCACCGCGAGGAUCCAGGGAACGCCUGGUCACGCGUCUCCUAGAAGAAGAGAUCGUGCCACUCAUCACGCACCGCGCCGAGCUAUGGUCCCUUCUGUCUCGUCUUCGCACAUGGAGAAGGGACUAUGCGGGCGCCAUUGAUGCGUCUGAGCGCGCGUGGAGAGCAGCCGUGGGGUCGUCUGGCAGCGGUCUCUUGCCAGGCGAGGUGGCUGCGGACUCGGCAGAUUGGACAACAGAUCUGAAGGGAUGGACAGAGGUGGUCAAGCGAACGGAUGAGCUUGUAUCCAUUUUGGAGAACUGGGCACACGACGUCGACACGGUGGGCAGUAAAUGGAAAGGCAAAGCGCGCAGUGCAAUUCGUAGCGUCAUGAGCCGCGGAAAGGAGAAUUGGGAGGGAUCAGAGGGUUGGAAUACGCUGGAAGCCCUGAUGGAGGGAUUAAAGCUCUCGAAAUAG